AUGAGUGCUCGAUCUUCAUAUUCUUGUUUCUCUUGUUUUCACUUGUUCUUUCUUGUUGUAUUGGCCUUGUUCCGUUUAUGCUCAUCUAAUCAAAACUCUCAUCAUGUGUUAUGCAAUGAUGUUGAGAGACAAGCACUUCUCCGGUUCAAGCGUGGCCUCACUGAUGAAUCAUAUGUACGACUCGCUUCGUGGGUUGCUGAGAACAAGGACUGCUGUACAUGGGCUGGGAUAGCUUGUGAUAAUUCUACAGGUCAUGUUCAUCGUGUUCAUCUUCCUGGACUUGAUGGCAUGACAUUGAAAGGUGAUAUAAGUCAAUCUUUGUUGGAUCUAAAGCAACUCAAGCAUCUAGAUUUGAGCUGCAAUGAUUUUGGAGGCAUCCAUGUUCCUAAAUUCAUUGGUUCUUUUCAAAACCUAAGGUACCUUAACCUUUCACGUUCCAAUUUUAGCGGAACAAUCCCUCCACAACUAGGGAAUCUCUCAGAAUUACAUGUUCUGUCUCUUGGAAGUUUUCAUGACGAUCCAUUUGAAAGAACGAGCAUGGCGAAUAUGAAGUGGUUGUCAAGCCUUGGUAUGUUGCAUCACCUCGAUAUGAGUGGCAUGGACCUUAGCAAAGCAACCGAUUGGCUUCAGGUGAUUAACACCCUUCCUUCUUUGGUCCAGCUACAUUUGUCUCUAUGUGAACUCUCAAAUCUACACAUGUAUGUUCCUAGUGUCAAUCUCACAUCCCUUUCUGUUCUCGAUCUUUCUUACAAUUAUUUUAACAGUUCAGUACCACAGUGGAUAUUCAGUGUAACUAGUCUAGUUUCGCUGGAUUUAACUCGGUGUUAUUUUCAUGCUCCUAUUCCUGGGUUCCGCAAUCUGACUUCUCUUGAGUUGCUUCAUGUUGCCGACAAUGAUUUCAUGAAUUCUUCCUCAAUAUUUCAAGAGUUGUCCGGUAGUAAUCUCAUCUCGUUAGAUAUUGGAGGUUGUGGUAUUUCAAGUUCAGUUCUAGAUUCCCUUCAAAAUCUAACAAAUCUUAUUAGCCUCGACUUGUCUGACAAUCAACUCACUAAGAGAAUACCUAAAUCAUUGGGUAACUUUUGUAAUUUGAGAGAGAUUGAUUUGUCUUUUAACAAUAUUGAUAAUAUUAGUCUGACAUAUUUUCUUGAAAGUUUUUUCGAGUGCAAAUCACCUGCCUUGGAGUCAUUAUCCUUGAUCGGGAACCAUAUAACUGGUAUAAUUCCUCAUUCCAUAGGAAACUUGUCAUUUCUCAGAACAUUAUAUCUUACUGAUAAUCAAAUUUCUGGUCCCAUUCCAUACUCAAUUGGAAAAUUAUCAUCAUUGGAGGCGUUGGGUAUUAGUUAUAAUCGACUGGAUGGCAGCCUUCCUGAUAGCCUCGGACAACUUUCAAAGUUGAUUCUUUUAGAUUUUUCUCAUAAUUUGCUUACAGGUGUUGUGACAGAAGCUCACUUUAUCAAACUAGUGAGCUUGAAGGGUCUAGAAGGAUCAACUAACAAAUUAAUCUUAAGGCUGCAAGUUGCAAACUGGAUUCCCCCUUUCCAGUUGGAACAUUUGUCUCUGAGAAAUUGGGUUUUAGGGCCUCAAUUUCCGUUGUGGUUGCAAUCACAGAAGGAUUUAAGUUAUUUAGACAUAAGCAACACAGGCAUUUCAUCGCCCAUGCCCGAAUCAUUUGUGGGAUCAUUCUCCAAUUUAAGGUAUUUGAAUAUGUCAAAUAAUCAUAUCCGAGGACCAUUAACGUUCUCUGGUAACCCUGUCACACUUGUGUUUAUUGACAUUAGCUCGAAUGGGUUUCGGGGAUCGUUACAUCCUUUCUUGUGUUCUAGUGGUGUGACAAGCACAUCUUUUCUUAAUUUGGAAAAUAAUCAUUUGUCGGGUGACCUUCCAGAGUGUUGGGAGAAAUGGCCAAGGUUGGAAACCUUAAAUUUGGGGAAUAACAGUUUGUCUGGUGAGAUUCCAAGAACAUUGGGUUCUUUACCUUUACAGCAUCUGAACAUGCAUGGGAACAAGAUCUCUGGAAGAUUACAUUUUUCUCUAAUGAACUUAACAGAUCUAGGUAUUCUUGAACUUGGAAGGAAUGAACUUACCGGAAGCAUUCCAACAUGGAUUGGAACAAAACUUACUCUUUUAAGAAUUCUCAACCUUCGAUCAAACCGUUUUGCCGGAAAUAUUCCUCAUGAGCUUUGUCAUAUUAGACAUAUUAAAAUAUUAGAUCUUGCUCAUAACAACUUAUCUGGAAAUAUUCCGAGAUGCUUCAACAACUUUAGUAUCCUUUCCGGCACCGAAAGCAAUUUAAGAGACUUUGCUUACAGCAUUAGCAUUAUUGGACCUGAAUUAUUUAUUGCUGGUGAUUCAUUGGUGACAAACGGACGAGAGGACACAUAUAGCAGUAUUCUUCCAUUAGUGAUGUUGAUAGACCUUUCGAGUAACAAUCUCACCGGACACAUUCCUAGUGAGCUAAUGUCCCUAAUGGAAUUAAAAUCGUUGAAUUUAUCAAGAAAUCAAUUGAGUGGAAGUAUCCCAGAGAAGAUUGGAAACAUGAAAGAACUUAUAUCGUUAGAUUUAUCGGUAAACUGGCUUUCUGGAGAACUUCCCAUGAGCUUGUCAAAGUUAAACUUCUUGAGUAGCUUCAACGUGUCCUUCAACAGUUUGACAGGAAGAAUUCCAACAAGUACACAGCUUCAAAGCUUCAGUGAGUCUAGCUUCUUUGGCAACAAACUUUGUGGAGCUCCACUAACUGAAACUAAUGGUUGUGAACGGGUUAAAGCAGCAACUCAUACAAUAGGAGAGAAAAAAGAAGAGGAUGGAGCAGAUUGGGGGUUGAUUAUAAGCAUAGUGGUUGGAUUUGUUUGUGGAUUUUGGAUGAUUAUGGGUCCAUUGAUAGUGAGAAGAUCAUGGAGGAUUGCAUAUUUUAGUUUUGUGAGUAAUUUGAGGUAUAUGGUUUAUGAUGUUAUACAUAAGUAUUGCGGUCACAUGUUUUCUUGUUGA